CGCUCGCGCUCCCUCUGGCUCGCCGCGCCCUCGCUCCCUCUCCUCGCCCCCUCGCUCGCUCUCUCCCCAGAUCGAGGCUGCUCGGGUCCUUUCUCCCCCCCGCCUCCCUCUCGUGCCGCGCCCCCCGGCCCCCCGCCCCAGCUAGCGGCGGGACCUCCGGGGUCGAAGGUUCUGGCCCGCCCGCGCCCCUCGCCGCCCCCGCGCGCCCCCCGCACGCCUCCCUCCGGCUCCGGCCGCUCCGCGAUGGAUCGCCUGCUCGUUGGGCGCUGAAGGCAUCCCCGGGACCCGGAGCGCAGCCCGGGAAAGAAACGCACAGUGGUAUUGAUGAGUAGAUCCUUGGGUUCAGAGGUUGGCUGAAACACAUCAUGCCUGCUUCCAUCCUUUGCUCCGGAAAGUUGUGAAUUGCUCAUGCCUAUAGGGAGGAAGGAUGGCUCAUGGGAUUCCUUCUCAAGGCAAAGUUACCAUAACGGUGGAUGAGUACAGCUCAAACCCCACCCAGGCAUUCACGCACUACAAUAUCAACCAGAGCAGAUUCCAGCCGCCACAUGUACAUAUGGUCGACCCCAUCCCAUAUGACACUCCAAAACCAGCGGGCCACACGCGGUUUGUCUGCAUCUCAGACACGCACUCCAGAACAGAUGGUAUCCAGAUGCCUUAUGGGGACAUCCUUCUCCACACAGGCGAUUUCACCGAGCUGGGACUGCCCUCAGAGGUUAAGAAGUUUAAUGACUGGUUAGGAAACCUGCCAUAUGAAUAUAAAAUAGUGAUUGCUGGGAAUCAUGAACUGACAUUUGAUAAGGAAUUCAUGGCAGACCUUGUUAAACAGGACUACUACCGUUUCCCCUCUGUGUCCAAAUUGAAACCAGAGGACUUUGACAACGUUCAGUCCCUCCUGACAAACAGUAUUUACUUACAAGACUCGGAGGUAACAGUGAAGGGAUUCAGGAUAUACGGGGCACCUUGGACCCCGUGGUUUAAUGGAUGGGGCUUUAACCUGCCCAGAGGUCAGUCUCUGCUGGACAAGUGGAACCUCAUCCCUGAGGGCAUUGACAUACUCAUGACCCACGGACCUCCUCUAGGCUUUCGAGACUGGGUUCCAAAGGAGCUUCAAAGAGUGGGCUGCGUGGAGCUUUUAAACACAGUCCAGAGGCGAGUUCGGCCCAAACUCCAUGUAUUUGGUGGAAUCCAUGAAGGUUACGGCAUUAUGACCGACGGUUAUACAACGUACAUCAAUGCCUCAACGUGUACAGUCAGCUUUCAACCGACCAACCCUCCAAUUAUAUUUGACCUUCCAAACCCACAGGGUUCCUGAAGCUCUAAAAGCCCAAUUGGAAUGUGAGGGAAGGUCUAUAAACUGCCAUUUUUCUAAUUAUAAACUUACAUUCUCUUACUUGUUUAUUUCCAAAUCCUGUGAGUUCUUUUUGUAAAUUACUGGAACACAAAUGACGCUAGAGGUUGUGCUUCUUCUUUAUUAUUUUUUUUUAAUGGGGCGUCCAUUCGAAAUGAAAGGAGCAUUGUGAAUUUGUAAAAUGACUUCCGUUUUCUCAAAGGCCACGCCAUUGUAAAUUGUUAGUAUUCGCCAAAGGACAGCCAAGCUUUCUUUUUAAAAGGUGAUGAAAGUCUUAUUUUAAUAUGCUUUAAGCUGGAAGAAAAAGGAAAAAAAGAGAGAGAGAAACAGGUAGGUAGUGUUUUAAAAACCACCCAGAUUUGCACAACUGUUUAAGAGUAUUGUUUGAAGUAUUUUAUGUUUUGAUGUUUUGUUGUUGUUGUUGUUUUCUUGGUAACCCUUCUUUUUUACAGACUUGGCCUGGAUUUAUAGCAAUCUUUUCAGCAAAAGUAGGCGUGGAAAAGACUUCUCUUCACACUCUCACUCUAAAGAAAGCUGCGUCCAGGGAAGAAAAUGGCCCUCGUUCAAAGGAUGGCUUAGCUAGUGAGAUCCAUAUUGUGGUUAUACAAGGUCUCAUUGUUUGUUUCUUUUAAAUUAUUUUAGCUUUAAAAAUAUGGAAAUGGAAUCUGUCAAGAGCAGGUAUUUCAUGCAGUUAAAAAAACAAUUGAGCGUGCAGACUCCUUUUCAAUAUGGGUUUAUAUAUAUAUAAAUAUUUUUUGUGUACUAUGACUAAGUUAGGAGUUUAAUAUUGCCAAGGACAGUACAACUGCGAAGGAAUGCUUUAUAGCAGGGCAUCAGAAGUCCGAAGGGGCUGACACAUUUUCUCAGAACUCAAGGUCUCAAAGAGCUUGAGUUAAGUCUAGGUACAAUUACAGGCAUGUACAGACUUAAGUGGAUGCAAUGGAAGGUAACUAAAAUGAGGCUUAGUCGUCCUUUAUAUUUAAAUACCCUGAAUUGUCUUCUUACUUCCUCUCCCUCCCCCCAUUUUGCACUGUGUGUCGAUGCAAUCUUCGCUAGCACAAAAUAUUGUCGCUAAUAGUCAUUUCUGUUUUCCCAUUGUAAAUGCUGUUGAGCUUUAUUCUAUUUUAUGUUAUCUUGUUAAUGAAAUUUAGGAAAGCAGUUGUUUCUUUUAAAUUUAUUGUGAUAUUCUAUAUCUAGCGGCCUUUAUAUGCAAAUAAAAUUGCAAGAUUUUUAAA